GUGGAGAGGAGCGGCGCUGAGAUAAAGCUGGAGAGCCGCAGGAGCGGUGGGAGCGAGACUCCCGGAGCCAGCGGGGCGCCCCAGAUCCCCAGGGCGACGCGGCUGCCCUCGCCGUCCGCAAGGAACUCCCCAUUCAGAAGAACUGUUGUGGCCUUUUCCUUUACUAACAAAAAAUGGGACACAAGAGACUAAGUAGAUGAAGAAAUUACAGCCUCCUCACAAAUGAGAGACAUUGAAGCACACACAGCUUCCCACAGAAGGGAAAUAACUAACAGCUUCUCCACAGUGUAGAUUGGAAUCAGAGAAACAUGAACCUCACGAACUGCACCACAGAAGCCAGUGUGCUUGUCAGGCCCAAAACCACGACUGAGAAGACGCUUAUCUGCAUGACCCUGGUGACAAUCACCACGCUAACCAUGUUGCUGAACUCUGCUGUAAUCCUGGCCAUCUACACCACCAAGAAGCUCCAUCAGCCUGCCAACUACCUGAUCUGCUCUCUGGCAGUGACUGACCUCCUGGUGGCAGUGCUCGUCAUGCCCCUGAGCAUCAUGUACAUUGUCAUGGACAGCUGGAGGCUCGGGUACUUCAUUUGUGAGGUGUGGCUGAGUGUGGAUAUGACCUGCUGCACCUGCUCUAUCCUCCAUCUCUGUGUGAUCGCGCUGGACAGGUACUGGGCCAUCACUAAUGCUGUGGAAUAUGCCAGGAAGCGGACAGCCACGAGGGCUGGCAUGAUGGUCUUCACUGUCUGGACUAUCUCUGUGUUCAUCUCCAUGCCCCCUUUGACCUGGAGGAACCACCGCCAACUCAGCCCGCCCCCUAGCCAGUGUACCAUCCAGCAUGACCAUGUCAUGUACACCAUUUACUCAACAUUUGGGGCAUUUUACAUCCCUUUGACUUUGAUCCUGAUCCUCUAUUAUCGGAUUUACCAUGCAGCCAAGAGUCUUUACCAGAAAAGAGGAUCAAGCCGCCAUCUAAGCAACAGAAGUACAGAUAGCCAGAAUUCUUUCGCAAGUUGUAAACUCACACAGACUUUCUGUGUGUCUGAUUUCUCCACUUCAGAUCCUACCACAGAGUUUGAAAAGAUCCAUACUGCCAUCCGGGUCCCUACCUUUGACAAUGACCUUGAUCACCUUGGAGAACGCCAGCAAAUCUCCAGUUCCAGGGAACGCAAGGCAGCACGCAUCCUCGGACUGAUUUUGGGUGCCUUCAUUUUGUGCUGGCUUCCGUUUUUUAUCAAAGAGUUAAUUGUAGGUCUGAGCAUUUACACUGUGUCCUCUGAAGUGAGUGAUUUUUUGACAUGGCUCGGUUAUGUUAAUUCUCUGAUCAACCCACUGCUGUACACAAGUUUUAAUGAAGACUUUAAGCUGGCCUUUAAAGGGCUCAUUAGAUGCUGAGAGCAUACUUAGUUUGUAAAAAGCCAAAAGGCAUGACUUUUAUCACAGCCUCUGCAGUACAUGGGGGUAAGGGAUGCAAUGUAUUAAUCCUUGAACAUAUUUGGUUCAGGAGAGUUUGUAAGUAUGUGAAAUCUGUUUAUUUCUUUGUUGUGUUCUUUUUUGUUUGAAGUUUGUUAUUUGGUGUAUUGUUUUCUACCUCUGGUCUUAUUUGUGGUACAUAAUUUCAAAUAAAUAUUAUCAUAUAAAAAACAGAAAAUACAUAGAAAUGAUAAUA